AGAUCGGGUAAAAUCUUAUCCAAGAACUUUCUGAAGUAAGUUUAGCCUACAUGAGAUGUGAGACGUUAAGUUGUCAUAAAGUAAUUGAGCUUGGAUAUUUAAAGAUAUGUUUGAUUGCUCUGGUCUAUGGGUGCAUCAGUUACAAUAUCGAGAUUGGAAUUCUCUUGCGGCCGGAAACCCCCCAAUCCUUAUCUGAACACUGUGACAACAUAGUAACUGCGCUGUAGCCUACACAUUUAUUUUAUUUAGUAAGAAACAAUAGCUUCCACGAUGAAUCCGGACAAAAUUAGCCCGUUCCUCUCUACUCUCACGGAGUCCCCGGGUCAAACGUCUCCCGGUACCGUUUUACUGCUGCGUCUGGUCGACUGCAGGAAAACACCGAGACGGAGUGGAACUGAGAGAGGAGGAGAAGAGAAGGAAGAUGGAGAUUUGAUUUCAUUAAGUAAGAACCAUGGGGACAGCCCAAACCGUUGCUCUCUCAGUGGGAGCGGCUUAUCAUCUGGGGAGCCUCAACAACAACGUGAUGCUGACAAGACGUCUCUCCAGAAGAGUCUCUCCAGAUCAGAACGUCUCAAUGGCUGUGAUCAGUGUGGGAAGAGCUUCAAACAAUCACGACACCUGAUUACACACCAACGCUUACACACAGGAGAGAAGCCUUAUAGCUGUGAUCAGUGUGGGAAGAGCUUCAAUCACUCAGGACACCUGACUACACACCAAUGCAUUCACACAGGAGAGAAGCCUUAUAGGUGUGAUCAGUGUGGGAAGAGCUUCAAUCAAUCAGGAGCCCUGACUAUACACCAACGCUUACACACAGGAGAGAAGCCUUAUAGCUGUGAUCAGUGUGGGAAGAGUUUCAGGACGUCAGGACACCUGACUACACACCAACGCAUACACACAGGAGAGAAGCCUUAUAGCUGUGAUCAGUGUGGGAAGAGCUUCAAUCAAUCAGGAGCCCUGACUAUACACCAACGCUUACAUUCAGGAGAGAAGCCUUAUAGGUGUGAUCAGUGUGGGAAGAGUUUCAGGACGUCAGGACACCUGACUAUACACCAACGUAUGCACACAGGAGAGAAGCCUUAUAGCUGUGAUCAGUGUGGGAAGAGUUUUGCUCGAGAUUUCAACCUGACUAAACACCAGCUCACACACACUGGAGAGAAACCUUACUCUUGUCUAUGUGGAAAGAGCUUUGCUCAUUCAGAGUCACUGAAAAAACACCAGAAAGCCCUUUCCUCUCUGGCACUGGUUCCAGAUCCCUAAAUAAAGUUUCAAUAGAAAACAUCUUGUAAAGAGUCAUCUGUCUCCCAUUCUCUAACAGUUUACUAAGUCUGAUUACCAUGGUAACCUGUGUAGCAUAAUAUGCAGCUCUGGAUCCAUAUUUAUCAAGCGUCUUGGAGUAGGAGUGCUGUGUGUGUGUGGUGGGGUGGGGGUGUUCAGAGCUGUAUCUUAUUUAACUCCUAUUAUCCAUUGAAUAAUUGUAUAAUGUAGAAUAAUGUUUCAACAACACUAGGUGUGUAUUGUUAAGUUCUGAACAAACAGUAAAAACUCACGGACAACUGGAAAAAUCUCAAACCAACUUUAUUCACCCACUGGGUCAUACAGCUGCAAAGACAAAGACAUGAUUAUACAGUCGUGGCCAAAAGUUUUGAGAAUUACACAAAUAUUAAUU